AUGAACGUAGAAGAUAUAUAUACGAGACGAGACCAUGAUGAUGUCCCUGAUAGCAUCCGGGAGCAAUUAUAUGCCGAAGAGAAGCAGCGGCUUGGAAAACAGAAAGAAGGCCGGGACAGCUCAAAAAAAACUGGAUCAAUGAGCCCACUGACAAUUAUCAAUAAUUUCCUCUAUGCUGGAUCAUCUCAACUGCCCAUGCCUCUCUCGGAAAAUAUCAAAAGAGCACGCGAGGUGACCCUCGAAUAUUGCCUUGAUCUUUCGCAACUUUAUGAGGAUCAGAACCCUGAUUUUUUCGUCCAGCAUGGCAUGAAGUUAGGUGCGGCCCGGCGAUUUGUUCGUGAUAUUAGUCUUUGGGUGAAACAACGGGGAGAGGCCGCUUCGUAUGAUAUGAAUAAGUAG